AUGGAACGUCCAAUCCCACUGUUGCGCAUGCUCAGAGUCACAGCAAUCUGUGGGAGGGUACGCGAUAUAAUCAAACUCAUACCAAACUCAACUCUAGCUCAUCCACUUACGUCAUCUGAAGUCAACCUAGCACUCCAAUUCUGCAUCAAGGAAACUCAACGUACUCACUUCCAUCUGGAACUCCAAUCACUCGAAAAACGAGCAUCAUGGCCAAAGGAUCACCCGUUUGCUCGGUUAGUUGCCUAUCAAGACACCGAUGGCAUUAUCCGAGUAGGGGGGAGACUGGAGAAUGCUCCAGACUCUGAUCAACAGAAGCAUCCUGCAAUCUUACCUCGUGAUGCAGCUCUCACUCGACUCGUCAUCUCUGAUGCCCAUCAGCGUACCAUGCAUGGUGGUACUCAACUCACACUCGCUCACGCUCGCCUACGAUACUGGAUUAUCGGUGGACGUCAACCAAUACGUUCACAUAUACUCAAAUGUCUCGUCUGUGCUCGUCAUCGAGGUAUUCGGGCUCAGCAGUUAAUGGGACAGCUCCCAGCUCAACGUGUCACUCCAGCGCCACCAUUUUCCCACACUGGAGUCAAUUACGCUGGUCCAGUAUCAAUCAAAUCGUGGAAAGGUCGCGGAUCCAGGAUAUACAAGGGCUGGAUCUGUGUGUUUAUCUGCUUGACCACGUCAGCAGUGCACAUCGACCUUGUCAGCGACUACUCGUCACCUGGAUUCAUCGCAGCUCUCCGGCGGUUUAUUCAUCGUCGGGGCGUAUGUACAGCACUCUACAGCGACUGUGGAACGACAUUCCAAGGCGCAUACUCGGAACUCAAGCGGCUCUUCACUCAAGGUACUCAAGAAUCCAAUGCUCUACUCGAUUGGGCCACUGUGCAUCAAAUUACAUGGCAUUUCAACCCGCCUGCUGCUCCCCACAUGGGUGGUAGAUGGGAAGCCGCAGUGAAAUCAGUGAAACAUCACCUGACUCGCACACUCGGAGAAUCAGCCUUCACGUUUGAAGAACUUACGACUCUUUUAACGCAAGUGGAGGGGAUUCUAAACUCGAGACCAUUGGAAGCCUUAUCAGACGAUCCUCAAGAUCUUUCAACGCUCACUCCAGGUCAUUUUCUCAUUGGGAGACCACUCAUUGCCAUCCCAGAACCUUCACUCAUGGAUACAGAUGUAUCACGACUCUCUAAAUGGCAAUUCAUCCAACAACGUGUUCAACAUUUCUGGAAACACUGGUCCACCAGUUACAUCCAACGUCAUCUGGCUCUUACCAAGUGGCAUCAUGCUCGCAAUGACAUCAAACUCGGCUCACUCGUCCUUCUUACUGAUGAACGAACUCCACCAACUCGCUGGCCACUCGCUAAAGUGACCGCACUCCAUCCAGGAAAGAAUAAUCUCACUCGAGUGGUGACCAUUCAAACAGCCACUGGUACUCUCACUCGUCCAAUUACUAAGCUCGCAAUUUUACCACUUGCUCCAGAACCAGAUGCCUAA